AUGGACGAAACUAAUGAUAUAGGAUUGGGUAUAUCAGCCAAUUCGCCUAACCAAUCUAAUCCCUUCCAAGAAUCUUCAGCAGAAACUGCCGUUUCUGCAUCGACAAUACCCUCCAGUAUUAGCAAUCACGGAAAUGAGGAAUUCACCAUCAAGCCAAUUAGAUUAGCAAAAAGACAUGAAAAGAGGACUUCAGAGGAGAAUAAUGGAGAAUUUCAUUGUAGACCAAUGAGAUUAGGGAGUAGAAAUAAGUCGGUUUCGUCACCUAGCGAUGAGACACCAACAUCAACUCCGAAUUCUGUGAAACGCAAGAAAUCUAUACAAAUACGCAAUCUACCAAUUGUGGAAACGAGCUUUACACAAGACAUAAAUAGCCAUGUUAAUGAUAUGAUUUUUGCAGUUUGUUUAGUUGAUUUUCACCAUGUUAGAGGUCCUGAGAUUCAAUGGUGGAGAUCGAAUUAUUAUCCUCUGUACCCACAGGAUAGCAAGCUAUUUAAGAAUUUGCCGUUUCAGGCUUUACCAGAUGGGUCUCAUCUUUUUGAAGAAACAUUCUCUAAUUUUAAUUUAGUGUACGACUUCAAGACCGGUAAAUCAUACGAUGAUGGAGAAGAUUACAAUAGCUUCGAAGGUGAUCCGAGGCAUUUGGAAACUUUGUUUGGAUGUUCAUGCGUAAGACAAGUCAAGACAAGUGACCUAUCAGACGAAGAGAGGUCAAGGAACAAAGAUAUCACAAGAUCAAUAGUUCAGAAGGCAGUUGUUGUAAUUGCUAAGAAUCAGCCAAUUUUUCAAAUUAUAAAAGAAAAGCUAUCAAUUAUAUCAGCUAGCUAUUUCUUACAAAACAAUUUCAGUAACACCCAGAUAUUAGAAAGUCUAUAUGAUAACUUGAAUUCAACUUUCAAAAUCAAUGAGAAGGAUGGAUUAAUAAAAGACACUGUUUCUAAACAAAAAUCUACGCUGAAUGAAUUUGUUGAAAGACAAGAUGAAUUCUUCGUCAAUCUAAAUUUAAAACAAACUCUUUUGAAAUUCAAAACGAACCUAUUAGUAAUUUUCAAAGCCCUAUUAUUGGAGAAGAAAGUUCUAAUAUAUUCAAACAAUAAUUUGGAAAUGCUAACCCAAUUUCAGAAUAAUUUAAUAUCGCUUAUACCAAAUUUGAUUAACAAUCUUGGAAAUUCAGGUUGCCCAUUAUCUGAUUUUGUCGAAACUAAUGGCCCACUAACAAAACCCAAUUCAUUAAACACAAGUAGCAGACAAUCAAUGCUAAGAUUUUUUGGUUUACCCCUACAAAUUUUCAAUACUAAAGGCUCAUUUUGGAAUCCAUAUUUACCUUUACAACAAUUAAGUGAAUUGAGUGCUUCCGAGACAAGGUCUUAUAUGGUGGGUUGUUCUAAUUUGCUCUUUGUUAAUCAGCUGGAGUCUUUGAAUGUUGACUUAUUGAUCAAUUUAGAUACGACCGAGCUAACUUAUCCCAAGGGGAAGCCUGAAGAAUUACACUUAUCGUCCAAGGAUAAAAAGUUUAUCAAUGUUCUCAUUAGCAAAAUCAAGGGUAAUGAAAAAGAUGAAUGGCAAAAUGAUAAGGAUAGUGAACAAUUCAUUGGAAGUGAUGACUUUGUGCGCUUUGAAUUCGAGGACUAUCUUUUAUCUUUAUUAUCGACGACAAGGUAUAAUCAGUACAGCGAAAAAUUCAAUCAACCCCCCCCUGGAUUUUCUAACACCACAUCGCAUCAGACCGAAAAUGUCGAAGGAAAGCUCUCUUCGGAUUCAUCAACUAUUGUGGAUCAUUUAGAUGAUGAUGUCAAUCUCAAUAAUAUCGAAAAUGGAAAUCUUACAUUAUUUAAUUCGAAAUUUGUUGAAUGCUGGCUCACUACUAACAACUUUAAGAUUUGGCAUCAAAUGGCUGAUGAAUUUAUAUUCAAUUUCCUAGAUCCUAAGCAUAUUAGCGUAGGAUUAAUAAAUGACAACGAGCAGUAUAAAUUUACAGCUCUAUUUAAUAAUUUGAAGUUGAGAUUGAAUUCUAACCAGACUUCGUCAGUAUUGAAUAGUGAGACCAAAGCACAAAAAUUUAUUCCUAGUUCAGAGGAAACUUUUAACACGGAUAUCAAUAAGGAAAAGGAUACUAGGGAACAAUCUACCCCUACCGAUGAUGACGUUCCAAGUACUCCUACGAAACCUAUUGGAAAUAGAAUAUCUAGUUGGACUAGUGGUUGGGGAUUCAAAAAGAAAUAA